UAGAUGACUAUAUGGAUUUAGUAUAUGGACCAGCUUUAUCUGAAGAUAUAGAUAAAACUGAUGAAACCAGUAAAACUGAUGAAACCAGUGAAACUAAUAGUAAAGAAACUGCGGUUUUGGCCAUGAUUUUAGAUCCUUAUCUUAAAGAUCUUCGAUUUGUUGAUCAAAAUGAACAAUUAAAAGAUAAUCAAGAUAAUAUUUUAUUAACAACACAAGAUAUAAAUAAUGAUACAAAUGUUGAUCUUAUGUUUGAUAAUAU